AUUUGCGUUACCGUCAAAUUUAGACACAUCCAGAUUCACUGUCCUACGCACCUCUGACACACAGAGAAGGUGGCCAUGGAGGGGAAGAGGUUCUUCCGCUUCCUGUUAAUCUUAUUCAGCGUAGCUCUGGUCCUGUUGCUCACAUGGGCCAACCUCCCCCACGCGCCGGCCGAGGCGGAGGACCUCCUCGACUGCGCCACCGAUGCCCCCUGGUGCUCCACCACCACCUCCUCCUCCUCCUCCUCCUCCCGCCCCCGCAAGCAUCCACCCGAGGCCGCAAUCUCCAAGCCCCGGCCCGGCAAGCCCGACGCCGCCCGCUCCCACAAGUCGGACACCCCACGUCAUCCCCUCGAUCCCCUCACCGUCCAGGAAAUCAACCGAGUCCGUGCCCUCGUCCUGUCGCAUGCGCUCUUCGGCGACGAGGGCUCAGCCUCAUACGCCCUCCACUCCAUCGAACUCGAGGAGCCCGAGAAGUCCCUCGUCCUCCGCUGGCGGAAGGGUGACCCCCUGCCGCCCCGGAAGGCCUCCGUCGUUGCCCGCGUGGGAGGGCUCUCCCACGUGCUGAGCGUGGACAUCGGAGCCGGUUCCGUCGAGAAGGUCGGGGAGGGCCCGCCCACGGGGUACCCACCCAUGACGAUCGAGGACAUGACGGCGGCGACGUGGGCGGUGUUCUCGGACGCAAAGUUCAACAGGACGGUGGAGGGCCGAGGGGUGGAGCUGCGGGACCUGGCAUGCCUGCCGUUAACGGCGGGGUGGUACGGGCCCACCGAGGAGGGAAGACGGCUGAUAAAGGUGCAGUGCUUCUCCAUGGAGGGGACCGCCAACUUCUACAUGCGGCCGAUCGAAGGGCUGACGGUGCUCGUCGACUUGGACACAAAGCGCGUCAUCGAUCUCAUCGAUAAGGGCCCCCACAUCCCUAUUCCGAAGGCUGCUAACACUGAUUAUCGCUUCUCCCAGAUGGAUCCCAGUCAACGGAUGAAUUUGAUUAACCCGAUAUCAAUUGAGCAACCCAAGGGCCCUAGCUUCGUGGUCGAGGAUGGCCACACUGUUAAGUGGGCCAAUUGGGAGUUCCACUUGAAGCCCGAUGCAAGGGCCGGCGUGGUGGUAUCGCAGGCCAGGGUGCGGGACCCAGACACUGGGGAGAUGAGGGCGGUGAUGUACAGAGGUUUCACAUCGGAGCUUUUCGUGCCCUACAUGGACCCCACUGAUGCUUGGUACUUCAAGACCUACAUGGAUGCCGGGGAGUACGGGUUCGGCCUCCAGGCCAUGCCCCUCGACCCCCUCAAUGACUGCCCGCGGAAUGCCUACUUCAUGGAUGGCGUGUUUGCUGCAGCAGAUGGCAAACCAUAUGUACGUUCGAACAUGAUUUGCAUCUAUGAAAGUUAUGCUGGUGAUAUUGGAUGGCGCCACUCUGAGAGCCCGAUCACCGGAAUGGGGAUAAGGGAAGUGAGGCCAAAAGUGACAUUAGUGGUUAGAAUGGCAGCAUCAGUCGCCAAUUAUGAUUACAUUGUAGACUGGGAAUUCCAGACAGACGGACUCAUCAGAGUCAAGGUUGGGCUUAGUGGAAUCCUGAUGGUGAAGGGUUCGCCCUACUCGAACUUGAACGAUGUGCCGGGCCAGGAGAACCUAUACGGCACGAUCCUGUCUGAGAACAUAAUAGGUGUCAUUCACGACCACUACAUCACAUUCCACCUUGACAUGGACAUAGAUGGGUCAGACAACUCCUUCGUGAAGGUUGACAUCAAGAAGGAGCGAACAUCUCUGGAGGAGUCGCCCCGCCGGAGCUACCUCAAGGCUGUGAGGAAUGUUGCCAAGACCGAGAAGGACGCUCAGGUCAAGCUCAAGCUCUAUGACCCCUCGGAGUUCCAUGUCAUCAAUCCGAACAAGAAAACCAGGGUCGGGAACCCAGUCGGAUACAAGGUCGUGCCCGCUGGGACUGCUGCCAGCCUGCUCGACCUUGAUGACCCACCCCAGAGAAGAGGUGCUUUCACGAAUAACCAGAUUUGGGUCACCCCAUACAAUCGGACCGAGCAAUGGGCAGGCGGUUUCUUCGUAUGUCAGAGCCAGGGAGAGGACACCCUUGCUGCGUGGUCUGAGAAGGACCGGCCGAUUGAGAACAAGGACAUAGUGGUGUGGUACACCUUGGGCUUCCACCACAUACCCUGCCAAGAGGAUUUCCCGAUAAUGCCGACUGUGUCUUCGAGUUUCGACCUGAAGCCUGUGAAUUUCUUCGAGAGCAAUCCUAUCCUGCGAGUUCCGCCCAACGCCGAAAAGGAUCUACCUGUGUGCAAGCCUGCUGCUUCGGCUUGAGAACUCUUAUUGACUUUGAUUUAGGACCCUAAUAAAGCAUUUGUAGCCUGCAAACUAGAACCACUACUCCAUGUGUGCAUACUCCAUGAAAUGAUGAAUAUAAGUGUUCCGUUCAAGUUCAA